GUGGAAUCGGGGCUGCCCUCCCGGAGCCCGAGGCAGCAAGAAAUGGACUACGACCCGGGCAUCCUGGCCGUCCCGCGGCGCCUCUUCAGCCAAAACUACGUCGACGGCGGUUGCCAGGGCGAUCCGCCCAAGAACACGACGACCGACGACACGCUCGGGUGCUGUGCGUCCGCCGGCGUCUCACAACACGCGCGCGCGCGCCGUCGCCGCGACGACGCGUACCCCACACAGAUGCGACGAACUACCUGAUCCUCGUUAUCGGCGUCCUCGCGGCGUGCGCCUUCGUCCGGGCGCGCGAGCGGCUCGAGCGCGCCGGCGCGAGCGGGGUCGAGCGGGGGCUCGCCGCGGCCUACGCCGCGUUCUUCGCGCUGACCGGCCUGGGCUACGGCGCCGCGGGCGUGCUGCACCACCGCUUCGCGCUGGCGGCGCCGGGCUACUGGGCGGCCGCGUACGUCGUCGUGUUGCUCGGCAACGCCGGCCUCUGCGGGGUCGGCGCGCUGCUCACGCGCGGCGACGCGCCUUCUACAAAAUGGAAGCUCGGCGUCGCGGCGACGGCGCUGGUCAACGUCGCCGUCAUUUUGUUGGUCGCCGCGACCCAGAACAUGCUCGCCUGCGGCGUCUUCACGGCGGUCACUUUACUGGUAAUGAUCGGCGUGUGGGGCAAGCACGCAAUGAGGCCAUGUGGCUGCGGCGAGGCGGCGGGCCUCGACCUCGCGCGAGCGUGCUGCAAGGGCGCGCGCGUCUGCGUGGCCGGGGCGGUCAAGGUGGCGGCCGGCGUGGUGAUCUGUGUGGAAAUCAACCAGUGCGGCGGGUGUACACUAAGUCAUUUCUCGGCAAUGACGUGGCCGUCCUGGCUCGGUCGAGCGGCGAGGAACCGGCAUCACCACGCCAUCGAGCAGGCGUCGCGUCGAUGGCGUCGAGGACGACGCAAAGAUUCGGACGCGCCGUAAAUUUUGAUUUCCACACAGGUGGUGAUGAUCGGUGGCAUGCUUAUCCAGGUCGCGCUCGCCGACGUGUGCGGCGACCCGGGCUACGAGGACUGCUGGGAGGACUGCCCGCUGCCCGACCCGAUGGAGUUCAACCACAACGCGCUGUUCCACGCGCUCUACGCGGCCGGGCUGCUCGCGCUCGCCGUCGGCGUCCUCUGCGACACGGCGGACAGCUGGACGGCGACGAAGGAACCGACGGACCCGGCCAAAGAGCUGGAGCGCGUCUGAGCGGUCGGCGCCCACCAAAAUUCGACAUUCCCACCCACUGGGCCACUCCUACUUCUACUAGUCGAUUUAAGAUAUAG